AUGUAUGAUGUUAGUCAGCCCUGCCUAGUAGAUAGGUGGAGAGGAUCUAAUGGUGAUACAUUUGCUUUUUUGGUCAGCAACCGGCAUUCAUUAGAUCGAACCUUAAUACCAAUCCGAGUGGUAGUGGGAGAUGCUCCCGGUUGGAAGAUUCAAGUGAUAUGGCCAGAUGGGAAUGACUGUAUGGAUGAAGAAGCAACCUCUGGGGGAGACUCCGGGACAGGUGCGCAUGCCAUCGGGAAGUGUAUGACUACAGUUGGGGUGGAAGCAGGAGGUUCAGAGAAUAAAGAUGGAACCGUGGGAACCGGGGUUGAUGUAGUGGUGGAUAAGAUGGUCAGCCAGCUAGAACGAUGGCACUAUGAAGGGGGCUAUCGUCGAUUGAGGAUGUUCUCCGGGAUUAUUCCUGUGCCGGUGGGUGAAGAAACCUAUGACACCUGGCGGGAGACGGCUGUUCAACAUUCGGAAGAAUGGCAGUGUCCGGAACAUGUAAAAAGACAACGAAUAGUGGAAAGUCUCCGAGGUCCAGCAAUGGGGGUGAUUCAGGCUACUAGGAGGAGCAAGCCAACAGCUACCUUAAAAGAUUAUAUUGAGGCCCUGGACUUUUCCUUUGGUACCCUAGAAGAUGUAGGGGAUUUGAUGGCAAGACUACACCGAACUUACCAAGAGCCCGGAGAAAAGUUGACCCAGUACAUAUAUAGGGUUGAUAGAUUGAUCUACAAAAUUGUAGACAAAGGUGGAAUAACUAAAGCCUCCGUAGAUGAGAGUCGCAUGAGGCAAGUGCUAAAAGGGGCGUUGACCAACAACCCAGUGGCCCAACGAUUAAGAUGCGUUCGGACUUCGGGGCCUCCACCCACGUUAAAUGAAUUAGUGAAAGAGGUCAAGCUGGAGGAAGUCCAAAUAGAAAAUAGAGAGAGUACUAUCAAGAAAGUAAAAGUGGUAUUGCCCACUCCGGCCUCCUCUACCGCAGAUGAUAGAUUAUUUAAAUUGCUCGAAGAGCAGAACAAGAAAAUAGAUCAAUUGAUUGCCCUACAGACCCACGCCAACUCUAGUCAGUAUUGGCCUCCACGAACAGAAAGAAGAAUGACUCGAGGAGGGGGAGGUCGACCCCCUAUUACUUGUUAUAGUUGUGGACAGAUAGGUCAUCGAUCAUUUGAGUGUACCAAUCUCGGGUCAGGACGACGAGGGAAUUAUUCUAACCCUACUAAUUCUGAAAGGGUGGGGAUUAAUCAAGUGGAAAACUCCAAUGGGAGUACUGUGACCCCCUCACAGACUCCCCAAUUCUAA